AUGGGCAGUGUCCGAGUCAACCGGUACAGCAUUGUCUCAACUGAAGAGGAUGGGCAGAAGGUCUCUGCACUGGGCAGCAUGAACGGGCACAGCCGGAACGGGAAGGGCCAUGCUCCUCGGCGGAAGCACCGCAACCGUUUUGUGAAGAAGAACGGCCAGUGCAAUGUCUACUUCGCCAACCUGAGCAACAAGUCUCAGCGCUACAUGGCCGACAUCUUCACCACCUGUGUGGACACGCGCUGGCGGUACAUGCUUAUGAUCUUCUCCGCCGCCUUCCUGGUCUCCUGGCUCUUCUUUGGCUUCCUCUUCUGGUGCAUCGCUUUCUUCCAUGGUGACCUCAGUGCACCAGCAGUGGGAAGUAGUCCCUCUCUCCUCAAACCCUGCAUCAUGCAUGUGAACAGCUUCCUAGGGGCUUUUCUUUUCUCAGUGGAGACACAGACAACCAUUGGGUAUGGCUUCCGUUGUGUGACUGAGGAGUGCCCGCUGGCUAUCAUGGCAGUUGUGGUCCAGUCCAUCGUGGGCUGCGUUAUUGACUCCUUCAUGAUUGGCACUAUCAUGGCCAAGAUGGCAAGGCCCAAGAAGCGGGCCCAGACCCUCCUCUUUAGUCAUCAUGCGGUCAUCUCCGUGCGGGAUGGCAAACUGUGCCUCAUGUGGAGGGUGGGCAACCUGAGGAGGAGUCACAUCGUGGAGGCCCAUGUCCGAGCACAGCUCAUCAAGCCCUACAUGACAGAGGAAGGGGAAUACCUUCCCCUGGACCAACGGGACCUAAAUGUAGGCUAUGAUGUGGGUCUUGAUCGUAUAUUUUUGGUCUCACCCAUUAUUAUUGUUCAUGAGAUUGAUGAGGAAAGCCCACUCUAUGGGAUUGGCAAGGAGGAGCUGGAGACAGAGAACUUUGAGAUUGUGGUUAUUUUGGAGGGGAUGGUGGAAGCCACAGCCAUGACCACACAGGCACGAAGCUCUUACCUUGCUAGUGAAAUCCUCUGGGGUCAUCGUUUUGAACCAGUUGUGUUUGAGGAGAAGAACCACUACAAAGUGGAUUAUUCACGCUUUCACAAGACCUAUGAGGUAGCCGGCACGCCUUGCUGCUCAGCCCGGGAGCUGCAAGAAAGCAAGAUGACUAUCCUACCUUCUCCCCCACCUCCUAGUGCCUUCUGCUAUGAGAAUGAGCUGGCACUUGUCAGUCAAGAUGAAGAUGAAGAUGAUGACGAAGUGGGUGUGGUGUUAGGGGGCAGCACCAAGGAGGAAGGAGGUAUCAUCCAGAUGAUGGAUUUUGGAAGCCAUCUGGACCUGGAGCGGCUCCAGGCAACUCUGCCUCUAGAUACAAUCUCAUACCGCAGGGAGUCAGCCAUCUAACGCCUCCAUCCUCCCCGUUUCACGCCCACCACCCACAGUCUCCUCUGUUCUGCACCCAUACACUGGAUAAGUCCCUUGACCACUAAACAAAGCCUCCCAUGACUGCCUCUCAGCCCCUGAGUACAUCAAGGCCUGGAGCUGCUCUGAUAUACUCCCUUUCCCCUGAAGUCAUACUGCCUGGAAGAGGAGUGAGGAUACACUGCUCUUCCUGGGUGUGCAGCUUCUGCUGGGACCUCUUUCCUGCCCAGAGACAGGAGAGCAGCAGGCCUGGUUUCUUGUCUCUGGAGAGGUGACAGGAGUCCCUGCCUACAACAGACAGACUGGGACCCACAGCAAGUGUUUCUGCUGCUGAGGCAACAGCAGACUUUCUGUCCACUCUCAAUAUGGGUAGGCCCCAUGGCUGUCAAGAGUCAUGGCAUUCGCUAGGAGAGGAGCAAUACCUAAGCACUGACC